CCAAACCUUCAAUUGAGCUGCAUUGGCGCUUUCUUCUUAUUCUUCAUUCACGUCGUUCAUAUGCGACGAAAUCUGUCUUUCUCUGUGAAGAAUGUGAAGAAGACGACGACACAUAGAGCUUCCGUCGAUUAGCUUCUCUAUUAAGAAGCCCAAUGGCGAUGAGACUCGCUGUUCUCUAGGUUACGGGAUCCUGGCGAUCUAUUGUGUUUCGGAGGCCGAGAUCAGUCCCUCGCUCACGGCUAGUUGUGUGUCUGAUUUCUGCGCUCCAUUGAAUCAUUGGAGCUCCGCCUUUCUUAAGAGACUUCCAUUUCCUGAUUCGGGAUUAUUGAAGAUUUGUAUCUUUUGAUCUCGAUCUUUCCAAAGUUCUCAUAGAAGCGAAGUAUCUGGGGGCAUAGUAUUCUUUUGAUGAUCUGAAGUAAAUCUGGGUCAUUUCUUGUAAUUUCGAGCUUUUGAUUUACUUAUAAGGAGAAAAUUGAGGCGCCAGUUUUUAUUAAUUGAUAUCUCAAUGGUUGUUGAUUGCCGGAGCUUGAUCGAAUUCUGCAGGGAUUUUGAGCAGCAGGCUGGUCAAAAUGCCAUGACUUCAUCGGAGCAACGGUGCAGCUCCAGCCCGUUUCAAAAGACGAGGGGCAAAUCCUUGAACCCUUUAUCCCAUCCCUUCUGCGAGCACUCUCCCUUUGCUGCCAUCGAUAUUGUGAUACUACUUCUGGCGCUUGGAGCGCUAGGGUUUCUCUCGGUUCCCUACUUCGAGUUAAUCUUUCAUGAAGCCUGCGAGCUGCUUCCUCUAACCUUCGAGCUGGUCGUGGAAGUCAUUUAUGAAACACCUGUAGCAUAUGCUGUCGGUCUGGUUGUGACAUCGGCCGCACUGAUUGCAGCAUGGGAGAUUAUUGAUUUUAAAUCCAGAAAAUGUGGGAAUCCUGCCUGCAAAGGUCUGCGGAAAUCAGUUGAGUUUGAUAUCCAGUUGGAGUCUGAAGAGUGUGUUAAGUUUUCCCCUCACGCGCUUAAGGAGACAGCAUGCACGCUAGAAUUAGGGCAGGAUCAUAAGGAACUGGAAGCUGAGCUGAGGAAGAUGGCUCCUCCUAAUGGCCGUACUGUGCUGAUCUUUCGUUCACCUUGUGGGUGCCCCGCCGGCAGAAUGGAGGUUUGGGGGCCUAAAAAAGUCCGCAGAAUCAAGAAGUAGUUAUAUUUUGGCCCUGUUACUUGCAAUCCAGUCUUCAAUAGCGCCCAAAUCUAUACUGCGCCACAAUAUAUUGUAUUUUCUCUUACCUUUAUACUAUUUGUAAGCCACUUGGAAUAACUGGGGAUCAUGGCUAAAUUGGGGCAUUUACACAGAUAGCACACAAUUCUUAAGCAUUUACUUAUCUCAGGUUCAAAUUUUCAU